UUUUGUGUAAAGGGGUGGCCUGAAAUCCCAGCUGGAAGGUGCCUGCUUGUGUUUUACGCAUUAGUUUCUCGUGAUUGUGAUAACUUUUCAAUUAUCAAAAUCUUGAGUCGUUAAUCUGCAGCUGUCACGAAACUGCACCCGCCGACCCACGGACUAUCGCGAGAACCAGGGCACUGCGAGAGGAACGGGGUCCAGGCAAUGCAUAGCAAUAUUCAUAUUUAGCAACAACAACAAUCUUUCCAAAAAUUAUUGUUUCGUUAUGUAGACUACACGAAUGAUGGAAUAUGCGCCAGCUUCACCCAAAGACAAAGAUGAGAUCGCCACACCGUGAUUUACAGGUUGUGGCCACGCUUCUCUAAAUAUGUGACAGAUGGUGAAGAAGGAACUGACCAAGUGAAUCCCAUCUAUCUCUUCUAGACCUUCUAACCUUUCAUCCACUUCGUUUCUUAAACUCAUAUUUCCUUAUUAAUAUAGAUACAUAUGUCCCAGCACAAUAGAAUGUAGCAAGAAAUAGAGUUUGACAAACCGAUUCAAACUUGUUUUGCUGGGUUGUUUAACUCCUCAUUUUAGAUGGGGCUAUGUGCAACACUUCAGUUCACACUCAUUUGUGAAUUAUUAGACCAAUGUGCUGUAUUUGCUCCCAAGUCAUUUGCCCCAGCUGUGCAAUCACUUCAGGUUUCUGUUGUAUGUUUGAAGUGAUUUGACAAACCAUAAAUUCUAUUAAGAGAAUGAACGGCUCUCUUUUAACCCCUCCUAGCCCAAGGGUGGCAAACUCCUCUCCUUUACCUCCCUCACCAUCCCCAUCUCCAUCUCCUCCAUCUCCAUCUCUGCUACCCCUUUCUCCUCGACCACCUCCUCUCCCACCUCUAGUGAGCCCUCCACCCCCGACUCAUCCAUCCUCCCUCUCAGACACCCCCACACCAUCCCCCUCUCCUUCUCUUAGCUGGACCGAAUUCUGUGAGCUCCAUGCCCGUGUUGCAGCUGGUGACUUUGCACGCCAUUUUCGGGCUUUUCUUUUGGAAAACCCUCACUACUCCCCAGAUUCAGCUGCUGCCUUUUGCCGGCGCUUUACUGACCGUUUCGUUCGGCACUUUCAGAGUGAACUGGAAGGGCCCCUCCCACCAAGCUGUGCUUCUGGAAGGGACGAAAUGGUAAUCUGGGCUCCCCAGUCAGAUGCUACUUCCUUGGAAGAGGAAGCAGUGUCUCCCCUGUCAACGUCGGGGGGAGCAGUCCUUGCAUGUCCCCAGACUAACACAACACGGGCCUCAUCGAAACCUGCGCCAACACGGCUAGUGUUGGAGAACCGUAGUGGGGACAGGUUUCAAGAUUCUUAUGCUCAUGGCCAAGUGCUGCCUCCAUCUUCAUCAUCAUCAUGUUGUUCUUCAGUGGGAGGAAACAAUGGCAGGCGUGAAGAUAGAGGGACUAUGGUUCCUCCUGGAAAUGAGGAAGCACCGGUUGAGGAAGAGAAGGACGGCUGGCUCGGAGUGACAUCCGUAGGGGAAGAUGCAGAGCCAGAUGAACAGGAAGGACAGUCCACAGAGUUCGAUAAUAAUGAGCCCUCCAACACUUCUCAGAUUCUGCCUUCCUCUGUCACUCCUCUGCCUGGAACUAAAGGUAACAGUACACCCAACUCUUCUAAAAACAAAUUAAAGAAGCGCUUUUCACUGAGGAGUGUGGGUCGUAGUGUUCGGGGGAGUGUCAGAGGAAUCCUGCACUGGCGAAGCUCCUCAAGUGACUCAGCUCAGAACCAGCUGCCCUCCAGCUACAGCUACACUAUGGGUGUACAGGAUGCUAACUUGGUUUCAGCAUCAAAGAGGAACUCUGGCACCCAACCUCCCACCCCCACCUCCUCCAUGCCUGUAUCUUUGUCUAUGCCCCUUUCACUUCCCCACUCCUCAUCUUCCUCUCUGCCCCCCUCAUCAUCAAGUAGCGCUACCUCUCUGUCUCUGUCAGAGGCAGCUCGGGAUAGGCGGCGAAGCAAUGGUGAAGGCAGCGAGAAAGAGAAGUGGAGUCACCGUCUGGAGAAACUCAGACUCUCCAGAUCGCCGCCUCCUGCCUUGUCCCCAGCCACAGCUGGCUCUCUCUCCACCUCCUCCAUGCUGCCUCCAAGCAGUGCUUCUGCCAUUGCCAUAAUACCUCAGAGAAAGGUUGGCCGGCUGGUGCGGGAGGGAGGGGUGAGUGUCAGCUCAUCGAAUGACGAGUUAAGUGGGAACCACAGCUUUUCUGGAUUCUCGUUCAGUCUACUGCAUCACAGUAUAGACAACAACACCACAGCGUCUGCUUCAUUAGCAGCAGCUCAGCCAAGUCCAGUGCAGCCUCUGGCCAGUGGAGGAAAUGUGCCCUGGAGAGGAGGGCGCUGGCACAAGUGUCGUCUGGUCCUCAAAGAGAGGGACAGAGAGGGUGGUGAGAGAGGAGAAGAGUACUACCUGGAAUUCUUCAUUCCACCUAAAUCUUCAAAGCCUAGACUGACUGUUCCUUGCUGCUCAAUCGUGGAUGUGAGGAGCACCACUGCAUUGGAGGUCCCUGACAAGGAGAACACCUUUUUGUUGCAGCUUGAAGGGUCGGCACAAUAUGUCAUUGAAACGCGAGACGCUGUUCAGAUGAGAGCCUGGCUAAGUGACAUCAGGAAUGGCAUCUGUCUCAGUGAACAGGAAGAUGUAGAAGGUGUGUGUGGUGGACAAUUAGACAUCAGUGGGACACCUGAGAUUGUUGACCGUUUUUCUCAAGUAUGCUAUGGAGGAAUUGGAGGCUCCUCACCCCUAAUGGAUCCUCUCCCUCCCGAAUUGCCUCCUCGAGCCCCACUCGACGAACCAGACAGUCGUAUUCUUGGGGUAGGCGGAGCUAGUCUGGGCACACCUUUUGCUGAGACACCAGAUGCCACAGGGUCCUUUCUGUUCUCUGAGGCACCAUCUGGUGAGGCAGCAGAGCACCCUCUCAGUGAGUGUCAAUGGUUUCACGGCACCUUGUCCCGCCUCAAAGCUGCUCAGCUGGUGUUGGCUGGAGGUGCAGCAAGCCACGGGGUUUUUCUGGUUCGCCAGAGUGAGACACGGCGUGGGGAAUAUGUCCUUACCUUUAACUUUCAGGGCAAGGCCAAGCACCUCCGUCUGUCCCUGAAUGAGGAUGGUCAGUGUCGAGUGCAGCACCUUUGGUUUCAGUCCAUUUUUGACAUGUUGGAGCACUUCCGUGUUCACCCGAUCCCCCUAGAAUCUGGCGGUGCCUCAGAUGUAACGCUUAUUAGCUUUGUUGGUGCCACCACUGUUCGCCAGCCAGACUUGACCAGCAGACCCCGUAGUCCUCCUCAGCCUCCACCCCUGCCGCCUGGCCGACCGCCGCCCCCAACUCCACCCCAGGAGAGAGGAAUUGAGACAGAGCCAGGAGGAGGCAGCGCUGUGACUGUAAUGCCGAUGGCAGCAAGUGGAGGAGGAAGUGGAAGCAGUGGAGGGGGAGGAGGAGUCGAGGACUGGGAGGAGAGGGACAGGGACACUCCUCUCCACCAACUUGAAGCUGUGGAGGGAGAAGACAGGGAUGGGUCAAGGGCGCCCAGAGCCAUCGAUAACCAGUACUCCUUCUUCUGAUGAAGGGAAAUCAAGGAGGUGGAGGAGGAGCAUAUGCGUGCGUCAUUGUGUGCAUCCCACAGUGUGUAUGACUGAAAACAAGAUUGGGUGAGGUGGAGUGCAUCAUAGCCAUUUAUAACCAGUAUUUUUAUUUUUUGUUAGGAAGGUGGAGGAGAAGAGGGGAAGUAUAAAGUGUAAAAGUACUAACACUAUGUGAGAGAGAGAGAGAAAAUGGAGCAGACGGAGAGACGGGUGAAAGCAGCUUUACAACACUAACUAGCGGUACAUUUACUUUUUUAUUUUUCUAGUCCGAUAAGCUUUGUUUUUGCCUGUAUGCCUCACAGCAGGCUCAUUCUUAUUUGUGCAAGUGAACAGUAGUCAGAGCUUGAUCCCUGUGAAGCCAGCAGUUCAAUACCUCUUAGUGGUCCUGCCAAGACGGCACAUGCUAGCCAGAGGUCAAACAUACUCUACAGACAUUUCUGCUGUGGCAUGUUGACCCAGUACGUUACACUCUGAUUGGUCUAGGAACAACAUUGCAGCAGACUCCAUUUAAAAAAAACAAUUUAAAACACUGAUUACAAUUACAUUUGAUUUACAUGAACUACAACACCAAACAAAUGUUAGUUUAAAAACUGCUAUAAACACUAUGUUAUUGAAUGUGUACUAGUACAAACGCUAAUGAAAGGAUGUUGUUCUACUGUACUUCUGUUUGCUGCUUUGUUGCCACAUGUGCUACGUUUAAUCAUCAUGUGAGUAACUGAGACCCUGUGUAAAUGCAUGUGGGAAGCAUCACAGGCAUAUUUUCAAAGUCUGUUUACUGCUUUUGUCUCUCAAAAACAUCUCUGCAACCUUUCCAAGUCUAUCUGCACAGUAAGCAUUUCUGGCAAAUGGCCUGCAGGCUCAAUUUCAACGGUUGCUGGAUUUACAUUAAAAUAACACUAUGAAGCUGUUCCUGUGCCAACAAAAACACUAACACGCUGUUAUUACAUAAUGCUUGAUCAGUUCACUGCUAAAUCACGAGUUACUGAGUUCAGCAUUGGAUGUAUUAUCACCUGUCCACCACCUGGACCAGCGUAGGACUGAUUUGCAUGUAGCUCAGAGAACUAACAGGUACUGAGAUUUUUGUCACUAAAAGAGAUGCAUUUACAGAAUAUAAUCACUUGUAUCCAAAAUUCCAUUGUACCUUUCAGAUUGAACUAGCAAGAAAAAUGCAAAGAGAUGUAUGUAUAACAGUAUGUAUAAAUAGUCUUAAAACUUCAGAUGGUCAAAGGACUCAACUUCAGUGAAAAAGAAGGUGUUGUAGUCAGGUUUAGGUUUAGAUUUGUGUAGAACGGUACUGCCACUUUGGUGAACCUUCGGUGUAUUUAUUUAUUUAUUCAACUAAAGUGCCUAAUAAUGAUUUAUUGAUUUGUCAUUUAUUUAGAUUUUAUGUCACUCAUAGUCCAUAUAUAAAAAUGAGUCUUGGCCAGCAUGGUAAUGCAACUAUAAAGUUGUCAUUAUUGCUUAGGUAAUUAACUAUAAACUUCAGAACACCUAACAGAUCUUAAAAAUCAGCAUUUUUGCUUUACCGAUCUUUAAAGCAUUGCUAAAAGGAUGAAUAAUGUUUAACUCACUCACUUUUUAAUUGUCAUUUUGCAAAACCUAUUCAUCUGUAUUUACCAAAAAUGCUGAAACAAUUCGAUGAUGGAUCUGUUGAUCAGCUGAAAGCUAAUCACAAAAUGUUGAUAAUCAUUUACCUGUAAAUGAUCAAUCCUAAUUUCUUACAUAUUUUUGUACUAUUCUGUUUAUUAUCAGAACUUGUCCCAUUAUUUGGUUGGACAACAUAAGCAAUACUGAGACCUUUGUAAAUAAAGCUCCAGGAUAUUUUUAUAUUAAUAGGAUAUUUGAUUUAUAUCUAGUCUAUGCUAGAAAAAGCAUUACCUGUAACAAAAUAUCCAUUAGCUGCAGGCCCUCUUGCCAUCACUGUGUAUUUUAGAGGAGCAAGACCUUGGGUUAUUAUUAAAAUUAGAUUAUUAUCUGCUGAAUAUAUGCAGAUCUAAAGGUUGUUUGCACGCUACCAUGACAUUAAACCAGUUUUUAAACGGAGUUUGCCAUGCUAUUGAGACACAGCGGAGAAUGUGAUGUACUGGUGUCCAAGUGAGACAUGGACUACAGCAGGCGGGAAACAGUUACCUCAGUCACACUCACAGUAUGUCUCUCUUGCUUUUUCUCUCUCUUUUUCUCUGAGACAAAAAACUGAACUGGUAGAGAUGUUUUCUUUCAGAGAGAAAUUAAUGAUGAUACCAAUAACAAUAAUAUUGAUGGAAAUAAUGAUGGUCAGAAUAAUAGUAUUAAUUUUAUUUGGUUUUAAUUUUUAAUUUUUAUGCUUACUCCAUGUAACUCUUGUUCCAACUUCAGUUGAAAUGUCUUGUGCCUUUUUAUUUUGAGAUAAAAGAAGGAAAAAAAAUGUAAUAUUUGUAAUAAUGCCUCAUUCUCAUGUCUAUAUAGUAUUCGUCACUUUCUUUUCAUGCUGUCUUCUCCUCCUUUACCUCAUUCUCCAUUCAUCAAGAGUAAAAAUAUAUACAAUUACCAGAAAAUGUCAAUGAAAAUACCUAAUUUUAAUUUUAAUUUCUACUUGUGCCUUUCUGUGUCUUUCAUCUCAUCAUCCGCCUCUGCCUGCCUUUGCGUUAAUGCUGUCUUCAAUGUCAUCAUUAAGUUUAGGACUUUACUGUUUCUUUACGAAGCACAUUUUCUAUGUAUUUGUCUGUAUACACCUUUCCUCCUAGCCAUCAUGUUCUUUGUCCUUUUUUCAGUUUCAAAACUCUUUGUGCCUUUCUCUGUCUCUUUUCUCUCUUUGCUGGGACCGUGUGUUGAGGGUGGGCAGUGUUGUCUGUCCACCCUUUGUGGUUAGUUUCAGGUACUACAUUGAAUUUAAUGAUAAUGAUAUAAUAUAAAUAUAGUGAAACAUAA